AUGACAUCUUGGUCACUCAUUAGUCAAUCAUACGCUCGAUAUGUAGGCAUUCCACAAUUUUGUUUGGGUGUUCUUGGUAAUUUAUUAAAUAUAUGGAUAUUUAGUCGUGAAUCUACAUAUAGAAAAGUUCCAUCUACAUUCUAUUUAUUAAUGGCAUCAGCUGCUGGCAUUGUACAAAUCAUGAGUGGUCAAAUUCCACGUUUUCUUAUACUUGGUUUUAAUAAUGAUCUUACACGAACAUCUCUUGUUUGGUGUAAAUGUCGACAAUUUUUGAUUGCUACAUUUGGUGGUAUAGGAAUGACAUUUCAAUGUCUUUCUGUUAUUGAUCAAUUUCUAGUCACAUCUCGUCAUGUUCGAAUACGUCAAUUUAGUAAUAUCAAAUCAGCACAUCAUAUUGUUGUAGGUGUCAUUAUUGUCUGGGUAUUGCAGGGUAUUCCGUUUUUGGUCUUUAAUCAAAUACAAGUUGGAACAUGUAUUAUUAAUAAUCGAAUUUUGAAUAUAUACUGGUCUUAUGUUUAUUUUCUUGGUCUACUGACAGCCACUUCUAUCAUCGUUAUGAUUACAUUUGGUAUACUUGCAUAUCGUAAUAUGCAUUUACUAAAAAAUACGGCUCAAUUAAAUAAUGCUGAUCAACAGUUAACAAUAAUGAUUUGUAUGCAAAUUUUUAUUGUUUUUAUUAGUGUAGCAUCUUAUGGUGGUUAUAAUGUAUAUGCAUUAGCAACAGCGAGCAUACAAAAAGAUGCAGAGCAAAAGGGUAAAGAUUUAGUUGCUUUAACUGUGACAAGUCUUUCAGCAUUUUUAAACUAUGAAAGCAGCUUUUAUGUAUUUUUUCUGUCGUCCAGUCGUUUUCGUCGUCAAACGAGAAAACACAUUUGUUUUUGUUGUUGUGCAUUACAUAGAGUAACACCAACAGAAGUUGGUUUAUCAAGUUUAGCACAUCGAUAA